AUGGAGGAGGCGGAUGCGAAGGACGCUGCCAAGCAGGAUGCAUUAAAUAAUAAUAAUAACAACAACAACAAUAGCAACAACAAGAACCACAACAACAAGAGCAACAACAAUAGCAGCAGCAACAACAGCAGCAACAGCAGCAGCAACGGCAAGAACUCGCCCGAAUCACCGGACGGCCAACCAAGACGUUCGCAAAAGCGUCGCUCGCUGCUCAACUUCAAGUCCUUGGACCUGCACAUCAAGUCCCUCUACACUGGUAUACGUGCCUCUCAGAAGACAGCCUCCCAAUCGCGCUCCUCAUCAUUGGGCGGCGGCAACAAUGCAACGCGAGCAGCAACAGCCGCGGCCUCAGCACCACCUGCCGGCCGCACACCCCCCUCCCUCACGGUCGAGACUGUCAAUGGCGAUGGCGAUGGGACUGGGGCUGCAGAUGGGGAUGGGGAGGAGACCUCCAAUCUACUGCUGGACUAUCCGCAAUCGCCGUACUCGUCGCGUCGCAACUCAUCGCACGACGACCAUCGCUCCAGCUCCCAGUUGCUGCACAUGAGUCGUUACGAAUACAGCACCCGCUCUCAAGCGAGCUCGCCGGCGCCCUACGCCCCGCCUUCGCCCUACUUUCUAUCGCCCUAUGUGGCAGCGGGCACCUCGACUGGACUGCUGACGCCAUCGUCGGCGGAGACUGCCAACAUUCGUCGCUCCUCUACCUCAGACAUUGCUUCGUGCCGCAGAGGAGGGGUAAGUGCUGCUGGUGGUGGUGGCGGUGGCGGUGGUGGUGGUGCGGGGGGGUCGGGCGGUUCGGGCACUUCCAGCGACAGCCGGCGACCCAGCACUUCGGAUCUGCUGCGUCGGGCGCGUGAGCGUCGUGGAAGCGAGGCACGCAUGGGCCGCAGCGUCUCGCAUAGCGGACUGACGAGGGGCGGCUUUAGAGGUGGUGGUGGUGGUGGGGGCGGACCUGGUGGUGGUAGUGGCAUGGGCGGACGGCGUACAAGUAUGGCCUUCUAGAUACCCUCAACAAUUUUCAAUCCCCUACCAAUCCCAACCGUACAAGCUACACUAAACUAGACUGCAGACUAAAAGAUUCUUGAUCAAGAAAGAGAAAAAAACUGAGGGUUUCUAGCGGAUCGAGUUCAAAACAUCUUGUGGCUUUGGGAUGAAUCGUACGUCUAUCAAAUGAGAUGCUAUGUUUCAAGGAGCCUUUAGUUGAUAGCUCCCCAUGUGCCAUUGUCAAUUGCAAAAUACUAGACUUGUGGCCUUGGGUUGGGCUCCAAUUGUUCAAUUGUUCAGCCCUCACCUUUUAUCGGAACUUUGAAAAGCCUUUAUAUACGACCUAAAUAAGAUGCUGCAGAAAGUUAUCGAUGUCCCCUCUAAGAUCGCUGCAAUAUGUUUGAACAAUCCUGAAUGCUAUAUGCUGCCUGCUACUUCGUUCUCUGCACAUCUCUAUCUCUCUUUCUCGACAAGACAUGUUUGAACUCACUUGAGAAAAUAAAUUGUUUUUUAAAUAAUAGCAACGCUCAGACUUAAUAUGCCCUUAAAAAAAAUAGGAGGAAAGAAAAAAUGCCUCAAAAGAAAAAAGAAAAAAAUAGUACAACAAACACUUAGGCUCUCACUAUCGUCUCCCAGCCUCUCUGGUGCUUGCGCUUUCAAUUUUAAAACGGCCCUGACUUUGAUGACAAUAUUAGAUCCUAACUAUUGUAGAACGACAGUCAAGUUGCGCUCCUCUUAUCACUCACUACUAACUACUUCGUUCCCAGUCCUUUCUCUCCGACCACCCGCUCUCUCUCUCUCUCUGUCUCUCUCUCUACACAGCCACAUACAUAAAGGUUAUGUGAACGCUCAUAUCAAGUUAGAAAUGGAAACGGAAAUGAAAGAUAUAAAUACAUACAUAAAGAGAAACCCUAAGCGUAAAUUGAAUUAAGCAAUUAAUGAACUUAAAAAAGAUGUUUAACAAAAUUUACAAGUAUAUUCGAGUAUAUAUACAUACAUAUAUACAUACAUAUAUGUAUAUAUGUACAUACUAUGUGUGUAUGUGAAGAAAUGAAAUAAACUUAACUAAGCAUAUA